GUUGGAUGUUUGAAGAAACGAGUGUGUGAAGAUGUUCUUCAUGCUAAUGGAGGAUUUUUCACUCAAAAUAAAGUCUGGACGUUUAUAGACUUGUUUGGUCAAACGAAAUCUUCAUUGAUGCAUAGAAACAGGAUGAACAUGUCUCUCAAAAACCACAAAAGUACAACAUUUGAUCAUUUCUAUAUGAGAUGUGUAUGUGGAAGAAACCUUUCCCCUAUUAGACCCAUGAACAGAGCAGACUGGACUGAACCCUGCACCUGCUCACACACUAAACCGCUCCAGAAGAGGAAAGUCCCGCCUCUUCGAGCAAAGCUGAUCUCCUAUUGGUUGGCUCGGCUGCACCUGUUUGCUGUUGUAUCCAAUCACAGCUCGACGGACUGCCGUUCCAAGAUGGCGGCGUCCAUCUCGAGGUAUCCUCCUGUCACUUUGUGUUGACCAAAACAUCAGGACAGAGGCGAUUAAACAGCGUUGGAUGGUUGAACUUCCCCCUGAAAAGAGUCGAGUUUAGAUCGGGCUCAGCUGCAGGAAGCAUGUCUUCACCCUGAAGGAACUGUGUUGAUGUUUGUUUAGGGAAGACGCGGUUCUGCAGCCAUGGCCGCCGACAAUAAAAUCCAUUUCUGGAGGAGGAACACGAAGGGUCCAGGAAGUCUGCAGCCCAUCUACGGGGCGCGGUACCCUCCUGUGGACCCCCGGGUACUCUGUUCGUUGCUAAAAGACACUCCAAAGACAAACGCCGUGAGCGUCAGAUCGAAGAAGCCGGCUACGUUCCAUGAGUUUGCACGGAGCACCAACGAUGCCUGGGACAUCGACGACGAGGAGGAUGGCGGUUUCUUCACUGCGACGCAUUCCACUCCUGUUCCAGCGCAGUCACUCCCCUCAGGUGAAGCACCUCGUCUGAAAGAGGCCAGUCGUUUGACAGAUACAGAACCAGAGCCCCGCCCAGGGGACAGAGCGCAACCAGGAAGCACAGAAAUCUCCCAGGAGCACCUGAACACUGACAGCGAGUUGUGUAAUGGCAGAGUGGUGAAGUCCAGCAGUGACGUCCAGCUGAACAGCAAUACAGAACGCAGCACUCUACAGAAGCAGCAGUCCCUCCCCCUGCGUCCCAUCAUCCCCCUGGUCGCACGCAUUUCAGACCAGAAUGCAUCUGGAGCUCCACCCAUGACGGUGCGAGAGAAAACCCGACUGGAUAAGUUCAGGCUGCUGCUGGCCAGUUCCAACACCAACCUGGAGGACUUGCGGAAGCACAGCUGGUCAGGGAUCCCGCGAGAAGUUCGCCCGAUCACCUGGAGGCUUCUCUCAGGCUAUCUGCCGGCUAACAUGGAACGUAGGGAGCUGGUUCUCCAAAGGAAGCGUGAGGAGUAUUUUGGCUUCAUCGAGCAGUAUUACCACUCCAGAACAGACGAGCACCACAAAGACACCUACCGACAGAUUCAUAUCGAUAUACCUCGGACGAAUCCGCUGAUUCCGUUAUUCCAGCAGCCGCUGGUACAGGAGGUAUUUGAGAGAAUUCUGUUUAUCUGGGCGAUUCGACAUCCAGCCAGCGGCUAUGUGCAGGGCAUCAACGACCUCGUCACGCCCUUCUUCGUCGUCUUCCUCUCCGAGUUUGUGGAGGAGGACGUGGAGAACUUUGAGAUGGCUGCUCUGCCUUUGGAAACACAACGCAACAUUGAAGCGGACAGCUUCUGGUGUAUGAGUAAACUGCUGGAUGGAAUUCAGGAUAAUUACACUUUUGCUCAGCCUGGUAUUCAGAAAAAAGUGAAGGCUCUGGAGGAGCUCAUCAGCCGGAUCGACGAGGAUGUGCAUCUGCACUUCCAGAAGUUUGAGGUGGAGUACCUGCAGUUCGCCUUCCGCUGGAUGAACAACCUUUUGAUGAGGGAGCUGCCGCUGCGCUGCACAAUCCGUGUGUGGGACACGUACCAGGCCGAGUCAGAGGGCUUCUCACACUUCCAUCUGUACGUCUGUGCAGCUUUUCUCAUCAAGUGGAGGAAGGAGAUCCUCUCAAUGAUGGACUUCCAGGGGCUCCUGAUGCUUCUACAGAACUUACCCACAAUACACUGGGGCAACGAGGAGGUGGGGUUACUCCUGGCCGAAGCCUACAGACUUAAAUACAUGUUCGCCGACGCUCCUCGCCACUACAAGAGAUGAGGAUCUUCUCAUCAGCCCCCCGGAGCCACUGACUCAAUCAGGAGCACACCUUCAUUCCUUCCUUCCUUCCUGCCUCGUUCCUUUCAUCUUCUUUUAGUCUGGAUGAGUUGGAAUCCAGAAACCCAGGCUGGAAAAAAAAAGAUCAAAAGUUCUCGCAACUGAUCUCAAAAACUUCAUCUCAUCCUCAGGUUUUUUUUUUUAAUUAACCAGAGACAGAGGAGGGACAUGGUGUGUGUGUGUGUGUGUGUGUGUGUGUGUGUGUGUGUGUGUGUGUUUUAUUCUCUUUUAAUGUCUGCUGUAUUUAUGAAACUAAUCACUGGACUGAAACAAUCUCAUGAAAGACACAUCACCUAACUACACUGAGUGGCCAAAAGUAUUGGGACACCUGACUUUUCCACCCAUAUGUGCUUCUUCACCAAACUGUUACUACAGUCGGAGGAACACGAUUGUGUCGGACGUCUUUGCAUGCAGGAGCAUGAAAUUUGUCCUUCACUUGAUGUAGGAAACCCAAAACCUGUUCCAGCAUGACGAUUCCCUCUGUGUACACUGCCAGCUCCAUGAAGAUCUACAUGGGUUGGAAGAUGUAAAAGAUCUGCUAUUGAGCUCCAGUCCACCCCAGAUGUCCUCAGCUUACCUACAUCAGUACCUGACUUUACUAACACUGAAUGAAUCUUCACAAAUUCUCCACAAAAUCUAGUAGAACAGAAAAAGUAAAAUGUUCAAAAGAGAGUGCUCAGGUGUCCACAAACUUUUGGCCAUGGAGUGUAUCUAUUGAGCUUUGAAUAAAGGAGUGGAACAGGA